AUGGUAAAUCGUAAUCCCAAGAUUGUCCCAUUCAUCCAUUUCCCGGUGAAUGACUUUCUUCUUCGAAACAGUCGGCUUUCAAGACUGGAUCCUGCGCUUGAAGGGGAAACAGUGGUAAAUGUCAUGACCGACUCACAGUGUGUUGCAUGGGAUAUGUCGCACGAUAGUCUCUUGGAUAUGGUAUCCAAAGACCUUCACUUGGAAGAUCCCGCGGGUGGUUCGAAAUGCCCCUUCCUAAGCUAUGCUUUGACUUACAUUCUCUACCACGCCGAGAAUGCCCAAAUUAAUCAUGCCCAUCAAGAUUCUCUCUUGGAUUGGCUGCAACAGCCCCGUGGAGGCAUCCACUUGCUGCUAAGACUUAGACAUGCCGCUGAGGGUCGAUCAUAUGACCAUCUAUACAUGACCAAGCUUCUAUACCAUCUGUCAAUGUAUGUAUUAGAGGCACUUACUAGCUAUUGUCUACAAAGAGGUGCAGAUAUCAACAUUCAGGUAGGAUUUCAUGGCAAUGCUCUCCAUGCGGCGUCAGCGGAAGGCCACCUAGGGAUGGUACAACUUCUCAUCGACAGAGGCGCAGACAGAGAUGCUCAAGGAGGCCACCCUGGCACUCCUCUCCAAGUCGCACUGGCAGGGUCUCACUUGGAAGUUAUGGAGCUCAUACUCGACAGGGGUGCAGACGUGAAUGCUCAGUGUGAAAAUACGGGCUCUCCUCUCCAGAUCGUAUCCAGAGAAAGGGAUACCCACCUUGUUCAACUCCUCAUAGAUAGGGCUGCGAACGUGAAUUCUGACGGGCCAUAUUAUGGCAAUGCUCUCCAGGCCGUCUCAGCGGAAGGUCAGUUGAGAACUGUACGCCUCUUAGUGGACAGUGGGGCGCAUUUGAAUUCACAGGGAGGCUACUAUGGCACUGCACUUCAGGCUGCGUCGGCAAAAGGCCACAUGGGAGCGAUGGUGCUGCUGGUAGCAAGUGGUGCAGAUCCAAAUGCCCAAGGGGGGCAACAUGGUGAUGCUCUCCAAGCUGCGUCAAUAACAGGGCACCUAGAUAUUGUGGAGUUCUUGGUGCGAAAUGGAGCUGAUGUAAAUGCUCAAAGGAGACAGUAUGGAUGUGCGCUCCGCGUGGCGGAAGUCUGGAACAACAGCGAGAUUAUGGAAAUCUUAUUUGAGGCAGAUGCAAGACCUGAAAGGAGGGAAUAG